AAUUUAUCUGUAGAUUUUUUAUCUGUUUAAAUUGUUCUUAUCACUGGUUGUGAUGGCCACUUUAAUACUUUUUAGUAGUCUCUCAGAGAAUUUUUACUUUAGAGUAGUUAUGCUUUUAGCUGGUUAUCUGUUCCUAAGCUAACACUAGCUUGUUUGCUGACGUUAUGUAGCAAACAGCUGUGGGGCAGCUGUCUGAGGGUCGCGGGAGCCCGAAACGCUUUGAAACGUCAAGGCAGGAGUCUUUGUGUUCACUGUGUUUGUGUUCCAGCAAACUGCAGGGAGUCGUAAUUAACUUUUUUAGUCAGCCAAAUUAAAAACAUUUUUCUGUUUUCCCCCAAGCUGCACGUCUGGACGAGAAACUUUGUCUUAUGUCCAUGCAGGCUAAAACAGGCUAAUACUUAAAGUUUGCUUUUCUUUAGUUUGAAAUGCACAUGUUUAACUGUCCAGGCGGCACCAUGGCUGACGACCCACAGAGAAAUUUUCGCUCUGCAUACUACGAGAAAGUGGGUUUCAGAGGAGUGGAGGAGAAGAAGUCCCUGGAGAUACUACUCAAAGACAAUCCUCUGGAUUUAGAAAAGCUAAGCACCUUCAGUCAGAGGUUCCCCCUUCCUUCCAUGUACAGGAUUCAUGUGUGGAAGGUACUGCUGGGCAUCCUACCUCCACACAGUGACUCUCAUGCUCUGGUUGGGGGCUACAGGAAGGAGCAGUAUCAGGAUAUCCUGGAAGCUCUGGAAGUGAUGAGAUACAUCAACUCCUCCACACCCUCCACCCAUGUUUACUUGCGGAUGUUCCAACUGGAGAGCCAGACCCUCCCGCGAUGCUCUGAGACUUCACCCCCGGAUGAAGAGAAUGAAGACUUCCUCUCCAUCAGCCGAGCCAUGGAAGAGAUUGUAGAUGAUCCUGUUGACUGCUACUGGCUCGUCAAGUGUUUUGUCAACCAGUACCAUACAAAGUUUGGAGACUCAGUACCUCACCUUCCAAAGAGCCUGGAGCAUUAUCUGAGUCAGGAGGAACCUCGACUGCUAAACCAUCUGAAGAACAGCGGAGCCCUGCAUCAGCUACCCUACAACCUCUGGUUCAGAUGCUGCUUUGCUGGCUGCUUGCCUGAAUCCAGUCUGCAAAGGGUGUGGGACAAGGUGAUCAGUGGCUCGUGUAAGAUCCUGGUAUUUGUGGCCCUGGAGAUCCUGCUCAGCUACAAAAUUAUUUUGAUGGGCAUCAACCGGCCAGAGGGCAUGGUCAAAUUCUUGUGCAAUAUACCGCAGGAGAACACAGAUGCCAUUGUCACUAAAGCCAUUGAUUUGUGGCAUAAGUACUCCGGCACCCUGAUCCAUGCUAUAUAGCAACACGGAGCCAGACAAGGAAAAUAUCUGGAACCAGAAGUAAUCUUCUUUCCUGAAAUCCACCUGGACUCGCAAUGCUUCACUAAGACACUGCGGCACUCGCCGUCCACGGGGCUUUGUCUCUGCGUAACUGAACUGAACUGAAAACUCAUCAUGGCUGCUUUUGAUAAACCAUGGGGACCCUUUUCAUACUGUUGAUUUUCCAGGUUUCCCCUGCGACUCUGGCAAACCAUUCUGGUGAAAGAGACUUGAGUUGGUGGUGGGUUGGGGGAAAAAAACCAGACGAGGCUGUAACUUAUUAUUUUUUUAAUAAGUUUCUUUCUUUAAGAAACUGCAUACAUCAUAGAAGACUCACAAUAAAUUAAUACCCACAUGCAGGUCUUUCUGCUUUACAAAAGAA